AUGGAUAAUGCUAGUGCUAAUGAUGUGGCAAUCAAUUACUUGAAGGAUAGAUUGGUGGAUAGGAAUGCCUUAAUUAUGGAUAGUCAGUAUUUUCAUAUGAGAUGCAUUGCUCAUAGUAUGAAUUUGAUUAUGAGGGAUGGUCUUAGUGAGAGUUUGGAAGAUGAGGACCCCAACUUUGCUAUUGAUUUGUCACAUGAAACUCCUUUAACUGAUGAUUGGGAAAAAGCAAUUGUGUUUGCCAAAUUCUUGGAAACGUUUUACGAAGCUACUAAAAGGAUGUCAGGGAUGAAAUAUGUGGCUUUUAACAAUUAUUUUGAUGAGAUAGUUUCCAUUGUCUUUACUUUGAAAGAUUGGGAAAACGACCCUUAUCCUUGUCUUCACAGCAUAUCUAAGAAAAUGAGAGAGAAGUUUGACAAGUAUUAUGGGAGUCUUGACAAAGCCAAUGUGAUGGUGUUGAUUGCAACGGUAUUAGAUCAUCAUGUGGAACAAGGUCCAACUUCUAGUUCCUUUCCACCAAAGGGAACUAAUCAAUCUUCAAAUGGUGUUGUUACUUCUAAUGCUACUAUCAAGUAUCACCCAUUCAAGGACGCAUUUUUGGAGGAGAUGGAUGUAGGGGUAGUUGAUGUUAACAAAUCAGAGUUAGAGCAGUACCUUAAGGAGAAACAUGAACCCGUGAAGUGUGAGUUGGGUAUCUUGGAUUGGUGGAAAGCAAAUAAAGGGAAGUAUAAGAGUUCUUUAUCUCCGAGUGUUGUACAAUCGUUAAUUUGUACACAAGAUUGGUUAAGAUGUGCACCCUCACCUACUCCUGAAGAUUACUUGGUGGAUGCAGAGACAUAUGAUUUAGUACUAAAAGCAAUUGAUGAAGAAACUAUUACCACUGCAGAUUUUAGGGAUGAAACUUGA